UAUAUAACACUGAAAUGGUUAUCUACAGAAGUCCAAAUCAAUGAGAACAUAUAGCUAGGUCCAGAAAUAUUUGGACAGUGACACAAGUUUUGUCAUCUUAUGUUUUUACCAAAACGUAUUCAAGUUAUAUAAUCAAUAUGGGCAUCAAGUGCAGACCCUUAGCUUUAAUUUGAGGGUAUUACCAUCUUAAUUGGAGGAAUUGUUUAUGAAUUACAGUUCUUUAAUAUGUAGCUGCCUCUUUUUCAAGGGACCAAAGGUAAAUUGGACAGUUAUCUCAAAGCUAUUUAAUGGGCUAUUCCCACAUUAAUCCAUGAUCAAUUAAGCAGGUAAAAGGUCUGGAGUUGGUUCCAGGUGUGGUAUUUGGAAGCUGUUACUGUGAACUCACAACAUGCAGACAAAGGAGCUCUCAAUGGAAGUGAAACAGACCAUCAAUAGGCUGAAAAAAAAAAAAAAAAAAAAUGUUAGGAGUGGCCAAAUCAACAGUUUGAUACAUUCUGGUAAAAAAAAAAAAAAAAAAAAAAGGGCUUGUGAACUCAAAAAGGUUUGGACGUCCACGGGAGACAACAGUGGUGGAUGAUCGUAGAAUCCUUGAAUUCUUUCCAUGGUGAAGAAAAAACCCUUAACAUCCACCCAAGUGAAGAUCACUCUAAAGGAUGUAGGUGUACCAUAAAAAGACUUCAUGAGAGCAAAUACCAAGGGUUCACCACAAGAUGCAAACAAUUAAUUAGCAUAAAAAAAGGCCACCAUAAACUUUCUAAAAGAAAAAAGAAAAAAACAUCAAAAGAAGCCAGCCCAGUUCUGGAACGCAUUCUUUGGACAGAUAAAAUUAAGAUCAACCUGUACCAGAAUGAUGACAAGAAGAAUAUGAAGGCUUGGAACGGCUCCUGAUCCAAAGUACACCACAUCCUCUGUAAAACAUGGUGGAGGCAGUGUGGGAUGGGAUGGCUUCCAGUGGCACUGGGUCACUAGUGUUCAUUGAUGAUGUGACUGAAGACAAAAGCAGCCUGGUGAAUUCUGACAUCUACAGGGAUAGAUACGUUCCGCUCAGAUUCAACCAAAUGCAGCAAGGUUCAUUGGACGGCACUUAACAGAUGGACAAUAACUCAAAAUAUACAAAAACAACCCAGGAGUUUUUUUAUGGGAAAGAAGUGGAAUAUUCUGUAAUGGCCAAGUCAAUCACCAGAUCUCAACCUGACUGAGCAUGCAUUUCACUUACUCAAGACAAAACUUAAAGGGGUUGUCUCAUCUCAGACGAUGGGGGGUAUAUCGCAGUUGGACCCGCACCUAUAUUGUGAACGAAGCCCCGCAAAGUGGUGGCUGGAGGACUCCGGUCCGGCCACCACCAAACGCUGUCCCCAUAGAAGUGAAUUGGAGCGCACCAUGCAUGACCAGCUCCCAUUCACUUCAACGGGCCCGACGGAAAUAGCCGUCCCAGCCAGUCGGCUAUUUUCGGCGGCACCAUAGAAAAUGAAUGGAGAGCGGCUGUGCAUGCGCAGUGCGUCCUUCACCACUUUUCGGGUUCCGGUCUCGAUAUAGGUGCAGGUCCAAGUGGUGGGACCUGAACCUAUCAGACAGUUGGGGCGAUAUGCCCCCAUUGUCUGAGAUGAGAAUACCCCUUUAAAGCAGAAGGAUCCACAAACAAGCAACAACUGAGAAGACAUCUGAAGUAAAGGCCUGGCAAAGCAUCACAAAGGAGGAAACCCAGCUUGGGUGUUGUCCAUGGGUUCCAGACCGCAGGUAGUCAUUGCCUGCAAAGGAUUCUCUACAAAGUAUUAAACCAUUUUAUUUAUGGUAAUGUUCAUUUGUCCAAUUACUUUUGAGCCCCUGAAAGGAGGAAGCUUUGUGGAAACAUGGUUGUAAUUCCUAAACGUUUCACGGGAUAUUUUUAUUCAUCUCCUUGAAUGAAACCUGAAAGUCUACAAUUGCAGUUUCAUUAGCCGAAAUCAUAAAGAUUGUGUCACUGUCCGAAUAUUUCUGGACCUAACCGUAUAUGAAACUCCUGCGCCAUCUGUCCUCAUUCCUUCACAUGUAUUUCCAGACAAGAGACUGGCACAGGAACCCAGCAAGUAUGUGGCAGCUCCAGAGGGAGGGGGGCACAGGUUGACUCUUACUCUAGGCUAUUUAUGGACAUUGUGUGGGAACAAACACAAAGGAUGACAGGGCAUCGCCAUCUAGGAUGAUGGGUGUAUGGGGGUGUGCUUACCUGUGUGCGUUGAGGUUCCAUCGGGGACAGAAGCCGUCCAAGGACACAAUAUGACCUUACUGUGCAUCUCCUGCAUGCAAAGAGAGGAAGUGUUCGCCAUUACCAGUGUGGAGUGGUUCUUUCAACCUCCCAAUGGAAACAGAUCUCUUAUCUUUGAAUACAUUGAGGGAAAACCCCGGGAGCAUUCAAGUCCAUUUAAAGGCCGUCUGCAGUGGAUAGGCAGCAAAGAUCUGCAGGAUGUCUCCCUUAUAUUACACAAUGUCACAUUCACAGAUUCGGGGCGAUUCAUCUGUAACGUCAACCGCACGCUUCAUUUCGAGGCACACCAACACUCAACCAUGAGCAACGUGGAGAUUGAUCUCAUUGUGUCCGAGAUAGAAAAAGAGGAUUUUACUUCUGUCCUCUCGGAGAUUAUGAUGUACAUCCUCCUAGCGUUCCUUACCUUGUGGCUCUUGAUCGAGGUUGUCUAUUGCUACAGAAAGAUCUCUAAGGCUGAAGAAGUGACCCAGGAGAGUGUCACGGAUUAUCUAGCAAUACCCUCAGAAAACAAGGAACACUGUCCUGUUCAAGUGGAGGAUCAAUGAAGCGAGACGAUAUCAACUCACAGAGGUAGCCUUGGAGGAAACGGCUCAAUCAUCUACCAACACGUGAGCAGGAGUUAUCCAUACAGGCCUAUCUCCCACAUAUCUCACUGGCUCCCUGUAUAAUGCCUUACCUGCUUUAUGAACACCCAGGACAACUCACACAUGUGCUGAAUGAAGAAUGCACCAGAGAUGAAGAAACACAGGACGUGAAUGUGCAGGGUCAUGAUGACCACUCAUCCUUUCCUGAUCCAUGGGAGAAACCAUUUACAUAUGUUCCACUGUUAAACUAGUUCAGAUACAUUGUCCAUAGCAACCCAUUAGUAGCUACCUUACACUUUAAGUGAUCAUCUAACAUUUUAACACAACAUGAUGAGGGGGGGGGGGGGGGGCUAGUUAAAGCAUUUGGUGUCAUUUUUAGUCCUUCUGAUGGGGAUCCAUGUUUCCUACUCCCAUUCACCUACAAUGGCCACCGUCUUCUCGUACAAGCCUAUGAACACUGUGCUUUGUUAGUCUCCAUCAUAUUGGCCACUCUAGAAGCAGAACAAAGGAGGGCACCAGGUGCUUGAACUAUACAUUCCGCAUGUUAAUGGGUUCUCCACCUUCUGGACAAAUUUUAGUCUUCCCCCCGUCGGACCUGUGAAGGGAAGCAUACAUUACCUGCUCCCUGCGGCUCAGUUCCGGCUCCAUCUGUUCAUGGCACUCCAUUCCCCACUUGUCUACUUGGGGUCAUAUGUAUUGAAACAGCCAAUGACUGCCCAAAGAGGUAACGGGUGAACACAGGUAAGUAUGCUUACUUCAACCGGUCCGGCAGGGAUGGGGACUAGCAUCAGACUGGCCCACCAGAGGAUCCUCAGGUGGACCCAGGCUCUGAUACCAUAGUGGGCCCCAAAAUAAAACAUUUGGAGCUGCCUUUGGAGAUGAUGACUUGCCACUAGAUCCUAUUCCUUUGCAUCAAAACCUAUUAGACUUUAAUGGUGAUAUGGGGCUUGGCCCCCAAGAAUAAUUUCCUCUAGUGGACCUCAGUCUGAUAGUGGGAUGGGGGAGAGGAAUCCAAAAUUUGUUCAAAAAGUAGAAAACCCCUUUAAAACUUUAUGGCGAAUCGAAGGGGAUUCCUCUGUAAAAUUACAUUUCUGAUCAUUAUUUAAGUUGUAUCCCAUGGAGCAUCAUCCCAAUGGAAUUUUGUAGAUCCUCCCCUUUCUGGGUAGUGCUUUUUAGCACCAUUAUUUGCAUGCAACUGCCAAAUGACACCACUGUGUGAAGUAGGGGUCAGAAUUAUCAAAACUGGUGUAAAGGAAAACUGUCAGAUUCCACGCUUCAUUUUCCAAAGGAGCUGUGAAAAAAGAAUUUUGGAAUCUGAUUGGUUGCCAUUGGCAACUAAACCAGUUUUCCUUUACACCAGUUUUGAUAAAUCUCCCUCUAUGCAUCAUGGACAAAACAACCACAUGUUGCUACAAUGUAGAUACCUUACUGUAAGGGUCUAUUCACACGUGCGUAGUGCAUUGCAGAUCCGCAAUACACCCGGCCGGCACCCCCGUAGAUUGCAGACAAGAAUAGGACAUAUUCAAUUUUUUCCCGUAGCCACGGACCGGAAG